AUGUCGGCCCUAGCCAUGGGUUACGACACUGCCGUCAUUGGCGGCACUAUGGCCCUCGACUCGUUCAGACGCGACUUUGGGACUGUCAACAUCCCUCAGACUCAGCGCGACACGAUCCAGGGUAACAUCGUCUCUACUUUCCAGGCUGGCUGCUUUUUUGGCGCUCUUCUCGCCUUCCCACUUGCGGAAAAGCUCGGUCGAAAGAAAACGAUGAUCAUCGCCUCGUCUGUCUUCCUUCUUGGAGGUACGUUGAUGACGGCAGCACGUGGUAGCCUCAACAUGAUCUAUUGUGGACGAGCUGUAGCAGGCUUAGGCAUCGGUGCAUCGUCUAUGACAGUGCCUGUUUACAUUGCCGAAAUCGCUCCACCAUCUGUUCGAGGUCGACUCAUUGGCAUCUUCGAGAUCGCCUCCCAAGGUGGAGGCAUGUUGGGAUUUUGGAUCAACUAUGCCUGUGAUCGAUCGAUCGAUGUCAAUAGCCAAGCUCAGUGGACCGUUCCACUUGCCAUUCAGCUGAUUCCUGGUCUCUUGCUUCUUCUGGGCGUCGCUUGGUGCCCUGAAUCACCUCGAUGGUUGGCGCGUGGCGACAACUUUGAAGGAGCUGAGAAAAUCCUGACAAAGCUUCGCAACCUUGACUCGUCCCAUGCAUACAUUCAGCACGAAAUGAGCGAGAUCCGCGCACAAGUAGAGGAGCGCAGCACGAACCGCAUGAGCAAGAAGGCGCAGUUCAAGAAGCUCUUCCAAAAGGGCGUACGGAACCGCAUGGCCAUCGGCCUUGCUCUCAUGUUCUUGCAGAGCUUCACUGGAGUCAACAUCAUCACCUACUACGCUCCCCGAAUUUUCGAGACGCUCGGUAUAUCUGGGACCUCGCUUAAGCUCUUUUCCACCGGAUUUUAUGGUAUCGCCAAAACCCUCGGCAUGUGCACCUUCACCUUCGUCGUAGUCGAGCGUGUAGGUCGCCGCAAAGGCCUCAUAUGGGGCGCUGCGCUCGGCUGUAUCCCCAUGUGGUACAUAGGCGGUUAUGUCAUGAAGGCUGACCCUGCUGCCGCCGCCGCUGCUGGCAACAUCAACCGCGAUGGCUGGGGCUACCUGGCCAUGGUUUGCGUCUACGUCAAUGCCUUUAUCAUCUGUGCAACAUGGCAAGGAAUCACCUGGACAUACGCCUCAGAAAUCUUCCCUCUCGACAUCCGUAUGCUUUGCGUCUCGCUCACCACCGCAGACACUUGGCUUGGAUCCUUUAUCAUCGCACGAAGCACACCAUACAUGAUCAGCGAUCUAGGGUAUGGCGCUUACUUCUUCUUCGCCUCCAUCUUAGUUGCCAUGGGAGUGUGGAGCUUCUUCUUUGUUCCAGAAACGAAGGGUGUCACGCUUGAAGAGAUGGACGCAUUGUUCUCGAAGCCCAUACACAAGGCUGUGUGGGCUCAGAUUCGUGGAAAGCCUUUGCUCGUUGAUGAGGACGAAGCUGCGCGAGGCAAGGGUUUGAACACCAUAAAAGAGAAAAAUAUGGGAAUAGAACAUGUCGAGAGCGUGUCAUAUAAGAGAGAUUCGAUGUAG